AUGCGCCCCCACGGCCCCGCCGCGGCCUCGCCGCAGCGGCUCCUCGGCCUCCUGCUGCUGUUGCUGCUGCAGCUGCGGACGCCGUCGAGCGCCUCCGAGACCCCCAAGGGGAAGCAAAAGGCGCUGCUCCGGCAGAGGGAGGUGGUGGACCUGUAUAAUGGAAUGUGCUUACAAGGACCUGCAGGGGUGCCUGGGCGAGACGGAAGCCCUGGGGCCAAUGGCAUUCCUGGGACCCCUGGGAUCCCCGGUCGGGAUGGAUUCAAAGGAGAAAAGGGAGAAUGCCUGAGGGAAAGCUUUGAGGAGUCCUGGACACCUAACUACAAGCAGUGCUCAUGGAGUUCACUGAAUUACGGCAUUGAUCUUGGCAAAAUUGCGGAGUGUACAUUUACAAAGAUGCGCUCCAACAGUGCUUUACGAGUUUUGUUCAGCGGCUCACUUCGGUUAAAAUGCCGAAGUGCGUGCUGUCAGCGUUGGUAUUUCACGUUCAACGGAGCUGAAUGUUCAGGACCUCUUCCCAUUGAAGCCAUAAUUUAUUUGGACCAAGGAAGCCCUGAACUCAAUUCAACAAUUAAUAUUCAUCGCACUUCUUCUGUGGAAGGACUUUGUGAAGGAAUUGGUGCCGGACUAGUGGAUAUUGCUAUCUGGGUUGGGACUUGUUCGGAUUACCCGAAAGGAGAUGCCUCUACUGGAUGGAAUUCAGUGUCUCGCAUUAUUAUUGAAGAACUACCAAAAUAGAUUCUUUAAUUUUCAUUCCCUACCUCUUUUUUAUUAAACCUUUGAAGGGUUCAUUUUAGUGGCGUUUUAUAUAAUGUUUAAUGUAUACAUCUGAAUAAAAAACAAAGCUAAAUGUG